UAACAAUCAUUGAAACUUGCUCCUGCCGCAAUAUUUUCGCUCUGCUGCUUCGCAUCUUGUUGGGCUAGGCAUACCUCACUAGACUGCCUAUUCACUUUGGCGCUUGGAGUUUGCAGUUACUGUUUACUAUUUACUAUUAAUUCUCGACCUAACCACUACUCCCCCCCAAAGCCUCGACAGAAACCACUUCCCUUGCGCCCGCCGCCCAUCCUGCGUCUGGGAUAUUCAGAAGUUCUAAGUUCUCUGGUGACACUGGAGUUUGAAGUUCGACAUUUCCCACUUCAACCGACGUUUCGUUAACACAAAAUGGGUCUCGCAGAGCCUAGAAAGCGGUUAAAGCUUUCCAAGGAUCCGAAUAACACAACAUGGACGAAGGAUACCACUGGGUUUGGACACAAGAUCAUGAAAUCCCAGGGAUGGAUACCUGGCGAGUAUCUAGGUAUCAAAGAUGCUCCUCAUGCCGAGUUCCACACCGAGGCCAACGCCUCUCACAUCCGUGUCGUCCUGAAGGACGAUAAUCUCGGCAUCGGCGCAAAGAAAGGUAGCGGGCUGGAACAAGGCGAGUGCGUUGGAUUGGACGUUUUUCAGAACCUGCUUGGCCGUUUGAACGGCAGAGAUGAGGAUGAGAUCGAACGGGAACAGAAGUCAAGGGAGGACUUGAAGAGGGCAAUCUACACGGAGAGGAAGUGGGGAUCGAUCAGAUUCGUCAGUGGAGGGUUUCUUAUAGGAGAUAAGAUACAAGAUCUCAUUGAUGGAGAAGCAGACCGCCUACGUCAACUGGCUGUCGAUUCGUCUUCAAGUGGCUCAGAGGACUCGAGUGAUUCGGGUUCCGACUCUGAUUCUGAAACAACUCCGGAACCGGCAGUCAUGAAGUCGAAGAAGUCGAAGAAGUCGAAGAAAUCGAGUAAAGGGAUUGACGUUGAGGUUUCUGAGUCGUCAGUUGAUUCUGAAAACGGCAAAUCGAAAUCAAAGAAGAAGCGGAAGUUGGCUGAGGUGGAGGAAGACGGCGGCGUUUCCAUAGUGGAUAAGACCAAGAAGUCCAAGAAAUCCCGGAAGAACGAGUCAGAAGAAGAUGCCUCUGAAUCCAAAGAUGGCAAGAGCAAAUCUAAGAAAGAUAAGAAGGACAAGAAGGAUAAGAAAGACAAGAAGAAGAAGUCUAAGAGAAAAUCCUCCGAAGAUUCGUUAGACUUGGACAGCGCCGUUGCGUCAAAGUCGUCAAAGUCGAACUCAAAAUCAAAGAAAUCCAAGUCGGAAAAGACCGCAUCUGAUUCUUCAGAUACUACCCCUGUGGUUGUAGAAAUAUCAUCUCGGCCGAUUCUCCUCGCUGGCCGACAUGCAGUUCGGUCAAGGAAUAUUGCACAGAAGAGGCUUGCCGCGAUGAAUAGCUCUUCAUUGAAUGAGAUUUUUAUGAUAAAAGGGAUGAACACCUCAGGUUUUGAAUAGCGUCUCAGCCGCGCCUGGUAUAGGGGUAUUGCAUAGCGCUUGAAUCAAUUGAUAGAAAGAUACCCAAGGCAAUAUACUACGUAUAGAUCCGUG